AGUGGCUGGGGAGAACUGGGGAGCAGAAGCUUCCUGUCAGAUUGAGCAGGUGGGAGCCAUAAACUUCUGGCUCUGAGGCGUGCCCACAGCAUCAAAGUCCAGGCUGGAGUGAGAGGAAAUAUUCCAGCCUCUUUUGAGGCCUGCAGCAGGCCAGUUGAGGCAUCACCAUUGAAGUUGCUGGUGCAGUGUACACCCUGGCACAAGGACCUUAUCUGAGUCCCCACAUUCUCCUGCUUGCUGAUGGGCAAGCCCUGGGCUGGCUGAUACCUCCAAUCUCUUUGGAGACAGCUGGCCAUAUGGCAGAAAGGCUGGAGUGGCAUCUCCACUCUGUGACCCAGUCUCCCACUUGCCCCCAAAAGAAUAUUUCUUUUGACAGUGGACAGCUGACAUAUCACCACUUUCCUUCUACUGUGAGUGUCUCUGGAUGGGCAGAAAGGAAUGGCCAGCCCCUGGUUAUGGUCAUCUAAGGUCACCUCUGAAAUGCUGUGAGCCCCUCUUCCUUCCUCUCCUCUGCUAUUUCCCAUCUCUGCUGUUGGCAGGAGAAUAGAACCCUGGCUGCCAGAGAUGCAAGUGUGUGACGAUAUGGGUGCUGGUGCAUAUUUAGUAUGUGCCUGUGUCCAGCCAUGUGCAUGUGUGGGUGUGUGAGUGUGUGACCCAGCCCUUCCCCCGUGGCCAAGCAGAGAGAGUGGCCUAGAGGAAGCCAUAGCAGCAGUACCAGCAUGGCCUCUGCCGCCUCUGUGACCAGCCUGGCAGAUGAAGUCAACUGCCCCAUCUGCCAGGGUACCCUGAGGGAGCCGGUCACUAUCGACUGCGGCCACAACUUCUGCCGGGCCUGCCUUACUCGCUACUGUGAGAUACCAGGCCCAGACCUGGAGGAGUCCCCUACUUGCCCACUCUGCAAAGAACCCUUCCGCCCUGGGAGCUUCCGGCCCAACUGGCAGCUGGCUAACGUGGUGGAGAACAUUGAGCGCCUCCAGCUGGUGUCCACACUGGGUUUGGGAGAGGAGGAUGUCUGCCAAGAGCACGGAGAGAAGAUCUACUUCUUCUGUGAGGAUGAUGAGAUGCAGUUGUGCGUGGUGUGCCGGGAGGCUGGGGAGCACGCUACCCACACCAUGCGCUUCCUGGAGGAUGCGGCGGCUCCCUAUAGGGAACAAAUCCAUAAGUGUCUUAAACGUCUAAGAAAAGAGAGAGAGGAGACUCAAGAAAUCCAGUCAAGAGAAAAUAAAAGGAUGCAAGUCCUCCUGACUCAGGUGUCCACCAAGAGACAACAGGUGAUUUCUGAGUUCGCACACCUGAGGAAGUUUCUAGAGGAACAGCAGAGCAUCCUCUUAGCACAAUUGGAGAGCCUGGAUGGGGACAUCUUGAAGCAACGGGAUGAAUUUGAUUUGCUGAUUGCUGGGGAGAGCUGCCGGUUUAGUGCUCUUAUUGAAGAACUGGAGGAGAAGAAUGAGAGGCCAGCAAGGGAGCUCCUGACGGACAUCAGAAGCACUCUAAUAAGAUGUGAAACCAGAAAGUGCCGGAAACCGGUGGCUGUGUCGCCAGAGCUGGGCCAGAGGAUUCGGGACUUUCCCCAGCAGGCCCUCCCGCUGCAGAGGGAGAUGAAGAUGUUUCUGGAAAAACUAUGCUUUGAGUUGGACUAUGAGCCAGCUCACAUUUCUCUAGACCCUCAGACUUCCCACCCCAAGCUCCUCUUGUCUGAGGACCACCAGCGGGCUCAGUUCUCCUACAAAUGGCAGAACUCACCAGACAACCCCCAGCGUUUUGACCGGGCCACCUGUGUUCUGGCCCACACUGGCAUCACAGGGGGGAGACACACGUGGGUGUGGAUGGCCAGGGUACCUGGGGACUCAAGCUGCUGCCAGUUCUGCUCACCACCAUCCUUGCUUGGCACAGAAGUAGCUGCAUAGAAAGAGCACUGGAUUUGAAGUCAGAAGACCUGGGUUCUUGAACCAGCCUGGCAACCAGUUGUAUGACUUUAAACAAGGCAUCUCACCUCUUUUCAUCUUGUUUUCUUCCAAUAGUGUUAGAGUUCAUGUAAUCACAUUCUCUAGAACCAUUUAGUUUGUGUUAACUAUGAACCAAGCAGUGUGGUGGCCACUGGUGACUUGAAAAUAUAGAGAAAAAAAACCCUGCUCUAUAUCUGAAAGAGCUCUUAAGAAGACAGAGAAACAUAAAGAGGAAAUUACAGCACAGUGUGGUGGGUGUUAUGGGAAGUCCAACCCCAGCAUUAUGGGAGUUCAGGGGAAGGGGCAUAGCCCAGCCUGGAAGGAGAGGGUGAGUGGGGGAUGGCUUUCUGAAAAGGGUGGUCUAAAGGAUGCCUACGGUCAAUAGGGAAAAGAGGGGAAGAAGCAUCUUAAGAAGAGGAAACAGCAGAGAACUGGCUGGAUGACCUGUGACUCAUGGAGCACUGGGUUGUCUCCAUUGUCCUCAUGGGCAGAUGUGUGCCAUCCCCAGCCGACACCACUCACUGCCUCCUUCCUCUUGGUGUUGCCACUUCUGGGUGAGAUUAAGGUGCAGGGCCUGGGGGCAGGAGGACAUAAGGUAUAGCCACAAAUCAUAACCCAGGGACCACACUCAACCCUGCGGAAAUCGUCUUCCUGAUCAGUUGAUUACCAUCUGAGGUCAAGAAAUGAGAUAGUGGAAGCAAAUGGGUCACAAAUAGCUCAGCUGUGGGCUCAGAAACUGCUAGGUAAAAGAAUUCCAGAAGGAGGCCAGGGCAUAAGUUGGAUGACCUAUGACCUUUAGCCUAAAAAAUUGAGACUACCGUAAUUGAGACUACUGUAGUGAUAUCUGAGAAAUGGGAUGGAAGAGUGACCAUGUUUUAUUUUCUUGUUCUUGUCACUACUGUAUUUUAUUUUGCAUAAUCAUGCCCUUCACUGACAGUCUCCUUAACAUCAUCUGUUUACUCUGCUCAGAUGUAAACUACAAUGCUCUGUCAUCUCCCUACUGGGUCUCCUGGGAGGAGGGGAGCCAUCCAGGGUGCAAACUCAAAGGCAGAGGGCACAGCGUGCUUAGGCCCAAGCUUAGAAUUCAAUUGAGAAGUUCUGUUGUUCAUCCUUAGCUCAGCAGGUAGAAAAGAGGUGGAGAUCAGAAGCCAGGGAUUAGAGAUUGAAUUGCUUUCCCUGGGAGUGUGCAGUAUCUCAUUAAAAUGUUGUAUAUUCAAAAAAAUACAGACACACACAAGUGCCUAUAUAAUGAUAAAACAUAUCCAAAGCACCCAAACCUGUGAUUCCACUAAAAAGUAGAUCCUAUUUUUCUGUUUAUUUUUAUUGGCUUUAGCUGUGUCUUUUGAAAGGACUAUUAUCCUCUAAAAUGUAUGUGUAUGAAGAUCCUGGCUUGCAGCUCGGGAGCUUUACACAUCUUGUGUCACUUUAUCUUGGUAACAAGCCAAGAUCAUGCAACCAGUUCAUCCGUGUCUGACCCAAGAGCUCUUAACUGCUAUGCUGCACUGCCUCAUUCAGAGAUAGAUGCCUGCAUGGGUCCUGGCGAUUAUUUUAAUGCUGGCUACACCCCCACAGGUGACUUGGAUUCAGAAAUACAAUUUAUAUUUCUUCUUUUUAAAUUGUUUUAUUUUAUUUUUCUUUUAAUAGUUAUAUGUCAGUGAGAACAAUUUAUAUGUCUUACACUGAGAAAUAAAACUGCUCAUAAGUGAAAACUCU